AUGUCGUGCCGUCCUAUUGCUAGUGUUGACAUGCCUGAUCCAUGGGUCUUCCCAUGGAACGGCGUCUAUUAUUUGAUGUUCACCCUUGGCGACCGCCUUGAGAUUUGGGCAUCCAAUAACAUGGAAGAUUUCGAUAACGCCAAGAAGAGUCUCAUCUGGCGUCCUGAGGGUUCCGGCUGGGCGCCUGGUAUCUGGGCCCCCGAGCUGCACAACAUCAACGGUGUGUGGUAUGUAUACUUCAGUGGUGAGAAGCCAGGCGAAGGUCCGGCUUCGCACCGCACCUUGAUUCUGCGCUCCCAAUCGCAGGACCCCAUGGACCCCAACGGCUGGCAGUUUGUCGGUCCUCUUCAGGGUGUGCCUGACCAUUGGGCUAUUGAUGCUACCGUCUUCGUGCACAAGCAGCAGCUGUACUGCUGCUACUCGGGCUGGCCUCUCGGCGACAACUCGGACACGGAGCAGGACCUGUUCUUGGUCCAGCUUGCGUCGCCCGAGCAAGCGAUUCCGGAUACGCUUGUCACGAUUUCGAAGCCUACGGAGAAGUGGGAGCGCCCUGACGGUGGUAAGCGCGGUAUCAACGAGGGUCCGACGUUUGUGCAGUUCUCCGACGUCACGGGUAUCGUGUACAGUGCGCAUGGUAGCUGGACUUGCGACUACAAGCUGGGCCUGCUUCAGCUGGUGGGUGACAACCCACUGGACCCGCAGUCGUGGAAAAAGCGCUCGUCCCCGCUGCUUAUGAGCGACCGCAGCAAGGGUGGUCCUUAUGGCCCUGGUCACGCUUCGUUCGUGCCGACGCAGGACGGCCGCGUUCUUUGUGUCUUCCACUGCACGUCCAACGUGGACGACGGCUGGGACAACCGCAAGGCGCGCGUCAUGUGCCUGAAUGCCACUGACUUCCACCCGUCGGCGGACUGCUGCUGCUGUGCUACUGGCGAAUCGAAGGGCGACCGUCCGGGCGGCUUCCUGGGCAAAGCCAUCAACAAGCUGAAGGACCUUUAA